AGAAGAAGGCGUAUGUUUCUUUACAGAUCCGUUGUGAUAGCACCCAUUUCCUGUCAAGCACAUAGUAGAUGGCGAUUAACUACCAUGGUAACCGCUAUUUAAUCUAGUCGACGUUGGAACAUUUAUAUGCGGCGGCUUCAUCAUUUAUUGAUCUUCGCACCGGGCAGAGGCGCAAGAGGAGAUGGUGGUGGUGACAAAAGAAAGGUCAAUCGAAAGCUGCGCGGCUUGUUUGUGUUUUUUAUCAGUGGCGUGUACCAUGAGGUCCUUUUACUCUCUUUGUUUCGCCGGACCUCUGGAGAAAAUCUGCUCUUUUUCACUCUACAGGGAUUGAUUGUACUACUCGAAAUCAAUGUUCGCGAGAAAACUGGCUAUAAGCAAGAUGUGUCGGGAUGGAUAAAGGUGUUAUGCUAUGUGUGUUUCUGGACAAGUCUUGCUGUCUCUGGACGUGUGUUUCUGGCACCAUUCCUUCGAUUUUUCUCGAUAGCCAUUUUUUAGAAAGCUGUUUAUGGUUCUUGCGUAUCGUGAAUGCAUGUGUAGGGAGCGGAUAUACAGAGCAAAAUGACAUUAGGGGUAUACAAGAUAAGAAGAAGCAAAGCAAACUAUUUACAAUAAGCAAUUUUGUCGCUCAAGUCAAAGUCUAGUCCCAACAGCUCUUUUCGCUCUUGCGUGUAUCGGUGGACUUGGUCGAGAUCAACGUACAGAUU